CGGGGGUAGGCAAGAACCAAUCACAUAUGACUUCGUAAGCUCAUAUUGUCACGCGCAAAGCAUGCUGGUUCCAUGAGUACGACAAAAUAUCACACGUAUACAUACUAGCUGUAAAUUGUAGGGUGGUCAUGGUGCACUUCAAACACAGGGGCAGUAUUAUUAACACGUACUUAUAGUUAACACUAUUUCGCACGAAUGAAGUUUUUAUAAUUUUGUUUAAGUUCUUUAUGCCGUUAUCAAACGAAUUUGAAUGAGCAUAAGACGAACGUGUGACUUGUUUUUGAAUCAUUUUUUCAACAUUCGCUGUUGUUCGGAAAGGGAUUUUAAAUUUCGAACAGCUGCAAGAAGAGAGUGCCAGUGGGGGAACCCUAAAUAUAGCAUUAGGAGGCAAGCUAGCUAGCUACUGCGACGGACCGAGUGUGUGGUGGUUAGAAGCUACAGCAGACGGGGCUGCAGUACAACGGUCACCGGUAGAAUCAAACAAAACAUCUGUGACCGUCCAACCGGAUGGGACAAAGUGAAAAUACGCAACAAUUCAGUGCCUUCGAGUGUGUUCUGUGAUUGCUCAUAUCUGUCCAAGGACACUAAAUGAUAUAUUUCAUAAGCAUGCGGCUACAAAACUGUAUUCUUUCAAGCUAAAUCAAAGGCUGUGUAUGAAGAUAAUUAAGUUGGUGAUAUCAUCUGAAGAUAUCCGUUUUGCAAAUAAGAAUAAGAAGUGCAAUAACGUAAAAAGUGCAAUUUUUGUAUGUGUAUAUAUAUAUAUUUAUAAUUUAAUAAGUAAGCCGCCAUUUAUUUAAUAAACAAGUCUUCUAACCGUCCUAGAAUUUGCCUUUGGAAACUGUUGAUAUUCUCGUGAGAGUACAUGUUCUUCUGUACGAAUAUCUUACAGUCGUUUUCAACAAGAGACAAAAAGUGUGAUAAUUAAUCAAGACAGCGACAUAAGUGAUUAACUAUUAUAUCUGUAUAUCAGUACUUUGCUGAAUUUUAUACGUAAAUACGGAAUUGAAGUAAUUUAUUGAAAUAUUUUACAGAAAUCUUGAGACAAAUCCAAGUGUAUUCAGUUUCAAACUUAACCGUUUCAGGGAGUCCUGCCGUGAAUUAAACUGCAUAAACGUGGUUAGGUCAGGACGGUGGUGGAAGUAAAUAGAUAACUGGAUAAGAAAGGAAGUUUCGAUUUCAGUAACGUUUUUAAAGAAAUUAUAUCGAGAUUUAAAAUUACUGUGAUAGAAGACGCAUAUAAAAUAACGUAAUUUACGAGUUACGCUACAAUAAACCCGUUCUAAAGCGCAAGGCAUCUGCGCACAAGUGACGACAGUCGUAACUUGCAAAACUAACCUCACUCCAAUAUGUUAAUGCCGGGGGCAGCCGAUGCGGCAGCUGUUCUUGGGGGAGCUGAUGGAUUGGUGACGGGACUGGGGGUUGGAGGUCUCGGUGGGUUGGGUGCAGCAGCCGCGGCCGCAGCCGCAGGGGCUGCCAGUGGAGUGCAACAAAAGGACACCACGUGGACUAAACUGUUUGUCGGAGGUCUGCCAUAUCACACAACGGACAAAUCAUUGAGAGAGCAUUUCGCCGUGUAUGGAGACAUCGAGGAAGCUGUAGUUAUCACAGACAGACAGACUGGCAAAAGCAGAGGUUAUGGAUUCGUGAUAAUGGGCGACCGGCCCGCGGCUGAGAGAGCGUGUAAGGACCCGAACCCAAUCAUUGAUGGACGCAAAGCGAACGUGAACCUGGCGAUCCUAGGAGCGAAGCCACGUGGAAACAUACAGCCAGGUUUCCCGUUUCCCGGAAUUCGGGCUGGAUAUCCCACUGUAUUACCGAGCCAGUACGGUGUGCCGCCGGGCUAUGUCUACCCGUCGCCCUACCUGACGACCGCACCUAGCGGGAUCGUCCCCUUGCCACCAGCGCCGGUUUCCCAUGCAGCAGCGCUGGCCGCCGCAGCAGCUGCGACCUCCCAGUUCUACGAGUACCAAAACGCGGCAGCUGCAGCUGCGGUUACGUACCCGGGACAGUACCCCAAUGGCUUCGAGACGUACCCUUACACGACCGCUGCAGGUGCUGCUAGUUAUGUGACUCCGUACACAUACGCGACGCUGCCUCAAACGGCAGGACUCCCCACGGCUGCUGCUGGGGGAUUCCCAGGCUUGUCCCCCUACCAAACAGCUGCUCAGGCCGCCUCACUUCAGGAAGCACGCAUGCAGUAACGGUGCAUCCACACUUAGGAGAAUGUAAGAAUUAUUAUUAUUAUUAUUAUUAUUAUUAUUAUUAUUAUUAUUAUUAUUGCUAUUCUGUACAGUAAUAACUAUGCAGGAGUUUUUAAAUUACCCAGCAUCAGUUAUCCUAUACGAACUUUUAUAUUUGUAUUAAAUCUUCACAGGCAAAUUAAAUUUGAUUAUAAGUAAAUCUGUUAUGGAUAACAAAUAUCUAUAAUCGAAUUAAUUCAUAAAUAUGAAUAUAUUGUUUGAGCUAUGUGGACAUAAUUCACAAUAUUGUUCAGCUCUUCUAAUAUAAACGGAAGACAAUGGGCCUCAUUCUUUAUGGUAUCUAUGUGACAUGCCUAAAUAACGCUAAAUUUAUGUUAGCAAAUACGUGUAAUUCGUAGACAGACAGUUUAACCCUUUGAAAUGUGAUGCUCAUAUAAAUAAUAUUUAAAAUUCUGAUUCAUGUCUCCAUGAAACCCCAACACAUUACAAAACUUGGUCAAUAAAAUGGUGUUCAGGAAAACAAUUUAAUUUAAUUCUGACAACUACAAUAAACACAUUUUGCUGAAGAAAAUUCCGAAUUACUUCGGGCCGAUAGUUCAUAUAGUUACCAUUAUGCUACAGACAGAAAACACGUCUCUUUUAGUUAUCCCAUUACCUGAAUUUAAGAACUUAGAGGAAACAGAUUAUAAUUAUCAAUUCCUGUUUCAAUUCCAUGUAGAAAGAUCAGUUUGAGUCCUUAGGGACUCACACUUUAAGUUAUGGUUAACUCAUUAUUAGUGGUAUUUUGAAUUCUAAUCUCGCAGUAAUACGGAAAAUCUGUAUGGAAAUUUAAAUGUUUGGCUUUUUUCGAAACUUAAGUAAUUUACUCCUUAAUAAUCUUCAGUUAAAUGAUGUGUACAUUAAAUACUUUCAUAUGCUGUGAAUCAAAUAUGGAAGACAGCUAUCAGAAAAUUUUAAGUUGUAUCUCAUUUAUGACAAAUUACUAUUAUCUUUAUGAACACGAAAGUUUUUAACACAAUUUGAAAUCAUUUGAUGAUACGUUACAUCUGUGUUGUUGGCAAAAUAUGUAAAUAUACAGAUAUUUAUAUAAACACUUAUUUUUUAAUAGUAUGGUCACGUUCUUCUUGAAAACAAGAUAACAGUUUCUUUCAUUCUAAAACAAAUUUGAAAUACUUGCAAAUAUUUCCUAUUUUUUGCGAUACUUUUACCUAAUAAGAAUAUCUAGAAAUGUGCUUCUACAUUCUCUCUACCAAACGGCAGCUUCUGUUAAUAGAAAUUAUAUAUUGUUGGAAGGAAUAUGUAAAGUGAACACAAUUUUCAAACAAAAGUAAUUACUUUAUCUGACAGAAGUUCAAUUCUCACUUUUCAUAUAUACUUGUAAGAGCAUGUUAGAUAUAGAUGAUGAAUAGAAAUUAUUUAAAUGUAUUUUUCUUUCGUAUGAAAUACCUCAGUGUAAGAUCAUAAGUUUGAAAAAAAUAGUUCCCCAGAGUAUGAAAAGUUUUAACCUUUCACAUUAAUUUUCAUUGCUUAUUUCCAUUUUUAUUAUUUAAUUCGUGUUUUAUAAAUUUUUUACUUUAUUUUUUACUUUGUAUUGAAUGUACGAGUAUAUACGACCAUACUAAAUUUGUACAAUGUGGACAUAUAAAUUUUCACUUUGAAAUAAAAAAAAUUAACAUAAGUGAAUAUCAUAAAGAUUUCUGAUGUUUUGUACAGUUAAACUGUUUACUUCGGUUGUGUAUUUGUGGAAGAGUAAUUCAUAUGAACUAAUAUUUAGUCUUCAUUGUAUUAUGCAAAGUAUGACAACAUGUUUAUCUCAAAUUCUGAGAAGAAAAUGAAUUUGAUAUGCCUAACCUCAUACAAGUGGUGCCUGAAGGAUUCCAGUUCUUCUGUUUUCAUAACCACAUGCAAUGCUGAACAGAAAACAUAAAUAAAAAUGUACUAGUUCAGUCAUUUUUAAAAUGAAAAUGUGUGAAAUACUGAUUCUGUAUGAAUCUUUUUUAUAAAUAUAUUGCCAUUGAAGAGGCAAAGGAAAAUUGUAUAAUCCUUGAAUUUAAUUUAUUAAUGAACUUUUCACUAUUAAUUUCAUGGCAGCCAGAAAUUGACUGCAAAUGUCAUCAAUAAUUUUGCUGAAAAUGCAGUCUUCAGCAGAAUAGCUUCUUAAUUGUAUGUUUAUUAUACAAUGGAUAUAUGAUAUUUACAACCAAUAUCUUAACAGCAUAUCUGAAUCAGUUUUAUUAUGAACUUACAGAGAUCAUGUAUGAAAGUCUAUACUGAUUGUAUUGUUAUCUUGUUUAUUUUUGUUGAUAUGCCAAAUGUUGGUACUAUAAAAGCAAAAUAAUUCUAGUCUCUUAUUUUAAGAAAGGUAUGG